UCCGCGCGGAGCUAGACGAGGUUUGGUUAGGUGAGUGUUUAUUCCGUGACAACAUACAAGUGCAUCGAUAUCAAAACUCUGAUGUUUAAAGAAAUUUGUAGUACGUUCUGUGUCGCGAGUACCAGCAUGAUAACAGCUAUAAAUAGUAGUACAUGUGCUUUAUGGUACUGAUAUCCUUUCAAAAUUCUGUCAUGGAACAAUUACUUCUUGAGGACUUUGUUUUAAAUGCGAAUGAAUUUUUCUGUAGAACUUUAGAUAUUUGAUUUGUGGUUAAUUUUAGGCACAACAACUACAACUACAACAACUACUACUACAACAAAAACUACAACUACUACAACUACUACAACAACUACAACUACUACAAAAACCACUACAACAAAAACUACUACAACAACAACCACUACAACAACAAGCACCACAACACAAGGUAAGCAGCUUCAUGUUCCAUAA